GCGGGCGAACUGUUAGCUCGGCUUUUGGCAACGCCUUGUACCAUACAAGGCGGCUUAUGUGAACCACUGGUCUGCUUAGUAUUAUUUGUGAAAUGAAGGGCUGAAAGGAGUCAAUUGACAAUGUAUUAACUAUUUUAAUUUUUUUCAGGCAAUACCGAACCAUUAUCACUGGACGUUUACUCAUCAGGUAUUCUUAGUCACAUCUUGCGGACACCGGGCUGAACUUCGGCAACUGUCCACAGUGGCUCGCCCCCUACCAAAAUUUAUCGUGGAAAGCCACCAGCACCAUCUUCCCAGCAUCCGCAACCGACGUCGCCGCAUCCAAUUGAGUCUCCGCCACAAUGGCUGCUCGCCCAACUAUGCGCUGUUGCGCCAGAUUAAUCCGAAAUGCUACACCAACCCGGGCUAUUCGAACACUCUCCACAUCUGCCGCCCUGGGCCAGGAGACCGGCACCCGUUCAACGCCGACUGGCAACCGUCCAACACACUUUGGCUAUGAAACCGUUACAGAGACCGAGAAGCAAGAGCGCGUAGCGGGUGUGUUUACAAGUGUUGCAGAGUCGUAUGAUAAGAUGAAUGAUUUCAUGUCUUUCGGUGUGCAUCGCCUGUGGAAAGAUUAUUUCGUAUCGUCGUUGAACCCUGGAGCUACAACUCCUCUUGGCCAGCCCCAAAAGAUCCUCGAUGUCGCUGGCGGUACUGGAGAUAUCGCGUUCCGCAUGCUCCAACACUCCCAUGUACUGAACGGCAAUCCCAACAUCCACAUUACAAUCUCGGACAUCAACCCAGCCAUGUUAGCAGUCGGGCGUGAGCGUUCGCUUGCACUCCCAGCUUCCCAACAAGCCUGUUUAUCUUUCCUCGAAGCCAAUGCUGAAACUCUCCCUUCAAGCAUUCCUGACAACUCGCUGGACCUCUACACAGUCUCCUUUGGCAUCAGAAAUUUCUCAAACAUGCCAGCCGCGCUGAAGGAAGCCUACCGAGUUCUGAAGCCUGGCGGUGUCUUUGCCUGCAUGGAGUUCUCCAAAGUAGACAAGUAUCCUCUACUCAAUGCGAUGUACAAGCAAUGGUCCUUCAGCGCAAUUCCCCUUAUUGGGCAGCUGGUUGCUGGCGACCGUGAUAGCUACCAAUAUCUUGUGGAGAGUAUUGAACGCUUUCCCAGCCAAGAGGCAUUUAGGGACAUGAUUGUCGAGGCUGGAUUUGAGGUUGCUGGUCCGGGUUAUGAAGAUUUAACUGGUGGUGUCGCUGCCAUCCAUCGCGGUAUCAAGCCUUUGUAGAGGGUUCAACGAGAGAAUGGCAGUGCCAUUAAUUCGUCAUCUGCUCUUUUUUCUCUCUAACGGCGCAAGCCUUUGUAUACUUAGAUUUUGUAUGAUAACUAGCGGUUCACAAAUAGAAUUAGGGGAAUACAAGUGUGACAAUAUUUAGUGUUCAAGGGCUACAGCAGUACACUCAAUCUUUAAAGAAUCAACUAGCUAUGACUAUACAUCAUAUUAGUCAACGCGGACGGGGUAUCCCCAACAACUGUCCUUACAACCUUUCCUCGAAUUCGAGAAUAUCAUUAAGUACAAAAUAGACAAUAGUCGACGCUUGUGUUCGACUGGGAAAUUUUUGCAUCUUGCAUUAUGUGCAAGCAUCUGUCUAAUAUGGCCGUCUGUCGCACCCGUCGAGGAAUCUCAACGAAGGCAGACCGCCGCAUCUUACUCGGCAGCGGGCGUUGAAGGUGCGGCAGGAGACGAAGCACCAGUCUCUCCCUUCGCUCCUCCACGUCCACGUCCACCUCGUCCACGGUCUCCGCCGCGUCCACCACGUCCACCACGUCCACCGCGGCGGUUGCUCUCGGAGUCACUGGCACCACCUGCACUGCGGUAACCACUAGCUGUGGCACCUCCACGAGUGCUUCCACCCCAGGUUCCAGCACCCCCGCGGGCAACAAUAGGUUUGCUUUCACGCGGCUGGAAGAUUCUAACAAGUGGCUUAGAUCUGUCUUCCUGGGUUCGCGUCUUCGAAGAGUCGGGAAGGCGGGCCAUGGCAGUAUCUCGUUCUUCGACAGUCUUGAAGUGCACCACCUUGUUUGAGUUACCCCAUUUAUCGAUCUUGGUAAUCUUUUCCUUGUCUUCAUCGCAGAAUAGUUCUUUGCAUUGUUCCUCAGUACUAACAUUCAUGAUGAACAACCCAAUAAUGUCAGAAGCAGCUGUCUUGGGAGCCGGAGAAGACGCAGAUUCCGGGCCGUUUGAUCCAUUAGCUACACCAGGUGUCUUCUCCGAGGCACCGUUGUUAUUGUCCUGCGUGGGCUGGGGAGUGGCGGGCUGACCUGGGCCAGGGCUUGCUUUAGCCUUAUCAGACCCAGCUCUGCCGGUAGGAGGGGGGGCAACCUGGGAACCAGUUGGUGCUGGUGAUGCGGUUCCAGCAUUAGGGGCAACUGGGGCAGCGCCAGCUUGUUGUUUAGAACCACGGUGGGCAAAGUUGAAGCCUUGUGCGCGCAUCUCGGUACCAAUCCGACCAUCUUGGAUUUCUAGAACAAGAUAGCCGAAAGCGGCAUCUGCCAAGUUGAAAUUCCACAUAUUCUUAAAGGCACUUUCGUCAAUCUGACCCAGAGCGGCAUGUCCAGAAACAGGUCCGCCAAAGGGGUUUCCACCGGCAGCUGUAGUGGGCAUUUUUUCAACGAUCUGCAAAGCGUUCUUCAGUAGGUUUUGUUGAGCUUCAUUCUGUUGAAUAGCCGGUUCAACCUCACUCUUGACCGUUUCCCAAACAUCGUUGAAAGACGCCUUGGAUGCAGCCAGUUUGCCACGGUAAUGGUCAAGAGUUGGAUUGACGCUGAACUCGUUGUAAGAGCUACCGUAACGGAAAUGAAGGCCGGCUGAAAUCGAAAAGUCCGCUUUCAAGGUAACUGAGACUUGAUUCAAUAUACCCUCUCUAGCAGGUGAUGCAUGGGUAAUGAAAACGCGGGUUUCAGUUGGAUCGUAAACGCGGUGAGCCGUGUCGAUAAGCUCACCCAUUUGCAACAGCGUAGUCCACAUGGUACCUUGUCCACCAGCGAUCGUAGUCCUGCCUUCGCCAUUAUCAAACAACUUGUGCAUGACCACAGCACCGCCAAGGCCGAGGAGUCGGAGCUUGACUCCGCCGAGCUCCAGUAGCAUGGACUUGGCUUCGUCAACAAUGUGCAGGUUGUGAACCUUAUAUUCGGAGGAUCGAAACUUCUCUAAGACUCGGACAUCUUCACAGGCACCCCAAACAGUAUAAACAGGAACAUCAAGCUUGAGCUCGCCGCUGAGAAGCAAAGGGAGCUCAGACAGGGGUAGCUCAUUGGGAGAAAAGCGAGACUUGAUGGGUCCAGCUCCUCCUUGUUGAAUAGCCUUCUUGACAGGCUCAGAGAUUAGAGGCGAGUAUUGCGCAACAUGCUUCAACGUUUUCUCCACGAUUCUAUCGAGUGAUGUGUCGUCGUAGAAGCCAAAGUCGCCAGUGUGGAUGAUGUGGUCCGCUCGAGCUUGUUUCGCCAAUUCAUUCAGAGAUCGCAAGUUACCUUAGCCAUACAUGUUAGCAAUUGCGUUGGAUCUUUAUCAAAUUUCGAGCAUACCUCGAACAUCUGCAAUGCAAAGGACUCUGAUGGGGCCAGUUUGGAUGACACGGCCUUGGUUAGGGAGCAAAGGCGCGGCGCCAGGCUGAACUCCGCUGGCACCGUUGGGAAGAUAUCCAGAAUUGUUGUAUGGUCUCGACUAGUGUUUAUUAGCAAAGUGCGUCGAUUGCGUUGGUAAAUGAAAGCUGCCACUGUAAGGCCAAACAGAUGCGAUGUCGGGCACGUAAAAGGAGAGGGUCUGAGGUUCACGUACUGCAGCCAUUCUAACAGGAGUCAACCGAUUGUGCUGUUGUCGAAUAGUAUUGUGUAUGAAAUAAAAUACGGGAAGGGGGUAUCUUUAGAGCGGAUGGAGAUGGGAAUUGUCUCCGAUGAUGGAAGGGAAGCACGGGGGUGAUGGGGUUGUGCUAGAGCCAAGUUGAGGGUGGCGCGAACGGGAACGUUUGUAGGAGCUCCUGGCUAAGGUUGAAAUGGCUGGAGAUAAUUUUGCUGGGCGCGACCCUGUCAACGCAAAGCUGGGCAAC